AAAAAAAAAAAAAAAAAAAAAGAAAGGCAAGUCAAAGCCAAAGCGGUACUGCUUUGGUUAAUGGGCGUGGUUGUUGAUAUGAGAGGCAAUGGCGUUACUAAGGGUUCCUGGGGUUUCAGUAAUUUUAUAAGGAGAAAGAAUGUUGAUUCAGUUUUGGAUAGGAGAAAGGGUGGCCAACAGUUGGCUAAGAAACUCUCUGCUGUUGACCUCGUUGCUAUUGGAGUAGGAGCAACAAUUGGAGCUGGAGUAUAUAUUCUUGUUGGAACUGUUGCCAGAGAGCAAACAGGACCAGCUCUUACCAUUUCAUUCCUUAUUGCUGGAAUAGCAGCUGCUCUCUCAGCAUUUUGUUAUGCAGAGCUUGCAUGUCGCUGCCCAUCAGCCGGAAGCGCCUAUCAUUACACAUACAUCUGCAUAGGAGAAGGUGCUGCAUGGUUGGUCGGUUGGGCAUUGAUUCUCGAAUAUACAAUUGGAGGUUCAGCUAUUGCUCGCGGCCUAACCCCAAAUCUGGCCCUAUUCUUUGGAGGUGAGGACAAGCUGCCUUCCUACUUUGCCCGCCACACCAUUCCUGGGCUUGGUAUUGUUGUGGACCCAUCUGCAGCGGUUUUGGUUCUUCUUGUCACUGUACUCUUGUGCAUGGGGAUCAAGGAGAGUUCUUUGGCCCAAGCCAUUGUGACAACAGUUAAUGUAUGUGGGAUGCUUUUUAUCAUAACAGUUGGAGGAUAUUUGGCUUUCAAGACUGGAUGGAUUGGAUAUGAACUUCCUGGCGGGUAUUUCCCCCUUGGUUUAGCAACUUCCCUGGCGGGUAAAACCACUUUUUCAUUCGCGUGGUUUCUGAUGUUGUCUGCCUGUAGCACUGCUGAAGAGGUAAUUAAUCCUCAGCGUGAUAUUGCCGCUAGGUAUAACGGGAUUGCUUAGUUAUAUUCUAUAUGUUUGCGUUUUGUCAUGCUGGUGUCUAAAAUUUGUUGAGUUGGCUUGGUGCCAUACUUUGCACUGGAUAUAGACACUCCUAUCUCUUCAGCAUUUGCUUCUCAUGGGAUGCAAUUGGCAGUGUACAUUAUAACAACUGGGGCUGUAUUUGCUCUUUGUUCAAGCUUAAUGGGUUCACUUCUUCCUCAGCCCCGGAUGUUUAUGGCAAUGGCAAGGGAUGGAUUGUUGCCAUCAUUUUUCUCAGAGAUUAGUGAACGCACCCAAGUUCCAGUGAAGAGUACAUUGGUAAUUGGUUUUCUUGCUGCAGCCCUCGCAUUUUUUAUGGAUGUCUCACAGUUAGCAGGCAUGGUUAGUGUAGGUACCCUUCUUGCAUUCACUUCAGUUGCAGUUUCUGUCUUAAUACUCAGAUAUGUUACUCCAAAUGAGGUGCCUCUUCCAUCUUCACUUCAUGAGUCUUUUGGUUCAUUGUCUAUGCAAAAUGGUGAUAUUCAGGGAGUUGCCAGUCAAAACUUUAAGGAUUAUGUCAAUUAUUGUGACAGUAGUCAACAUUUGAUUGACAAUGGAGGGAGAUCAAUUGCACACCCACUUCUUCAGAAACAAAUAAUUCAAGAUGAACAGAGUCAACAAAAGAGGCGGAAAAUUGCAGCUUGGAGUAUAACAGCUGUAUGCGUAGGGGUUCUUGUCUUUACAUCUGCAGCCUCGUUUAAACUUCCCAGCCUUCUGCGCUUCACAUUUUGCACAGUGGGGGGAGGUCUUCUAUUGUGCAGUUUGAUUGUUCUAGCUUGUAUAUCCCAGGAUAACUCAAGACACAAAUUUGGACACACAGGAGGUUUCGUCUGCCCGUUUGUUCCGUAUUUACCUGUUGCUUGCAUUCUUAUCAACACCUACUUGUUAGUUAAUCUAGGGGCUGGCACAUGGAUCCGUGUUUCUAUAUGGCUACUAGCAGGAGAAUUAAUUUAUUUAUUUUAUGGUCGGACACACAGUUCUCUGAUGAGCGCUGUUUAUGUUCCUACUGCUUAUGCUGAUGAGAUAUAUCGCAUCUCAUCAGGUCAUCUGGUGUAGACUUCAUUUAAGGAAACAUCUCAAACAACUCGCUUCCAUUUCGCAAGAAGCACUUCCGGUUGCAUCUUUGCUGUAAUUCCUUAUGACACAUAAUCCAUUGAUCAAUGAUUGCAAAUCGAUGUCAUGUGUUGGUGUAGUAUUGCGAGUAGGGUGAAAUUGAAGCCAUUGUAAUUUCUAAUGGUGACUUGUAUAUAGCUAGCUUAUAUCUCAAUAUCUUAAUUGUAUUAAUAGCAGCAAGAAUAAUUGUCUAUUCCCAUUUUCCUGUAGUGAGAUUCUUGUAAAUAUUAAAAUUCUAUUUUUUUUAUACCUUGUUUCUUUUUUAGUU